AUGACCACUCUAGAUCACGACCACGAUUUGCAUUCCCUCCGCGAGCGGAUGCGACACUCCGCCGCCCACGUGAUGGCGGACGCCGUGCUGCAACUGUUCCCGGACGCCAAGCUAGGCAUCGGCCCUUCCACAGAUGACGGCUUCUACUACGACUUCGAGGUGUCCCGCGCCUUCACACCGGAGGACCUGGAGGCCAUCGAAGAGCGCAUCAGUGAGACUAUCGCCGGCGACCUUCCAUUUGUGUACGAGGAGAUAAGCCUGGCCGACGCCAAGGCUAUGUUCUCCGACCAGACCUACAAGCUGGAGAUUAUCGACGAGCUCCCGCCGGACGAGGUCAUCAGCGUCUACCGCCACGGCGACUUCGUGGACCUGUGCCGUGGCCCUCACGUGGACUCCACAGCGCAGAUAAGCGCUUGCAAGCUCCUGAACAUCGCCGGCGCAUACUGGCGCGGCGACGAGAAACGUCCCAUGCUGCAACGCAUCUACGGCACGGCCUUUGAGUCCGGCGAGGCGUUGGAUGAAUACCUGGAGCGUCUUGAGGAGGCGCAGCGCCGCGACCAUCGCAGGCUGGCUCGAGAACUGGACCUGCUGUCCUUCCACGAGGAGUACGGCCCGGGCCUCGUCUACUGGCAUCCCAAGGGAGGCCGCGUCCGGUCGAUCAUCGAAGACUUCUGGCGCAGGGAGCACUACCGCGCCGGCUACGACCUGGUCUAUUCGCCACAUGUCGGAAAGUCGACCAUAUGGGAGACCAGCGGCCACCUGGAUUUCUACGCCGAGAACAUGUACUCCCCCAUGGACGUGGACGGCCAGGACUAUUAUGUCAAGCCGAUGAACUGCCCCUUCCACGUCCAGAUCUACAAGAGCUCCCUCAGGAGCUACCGGGAGCUUCCCAUGCGCCUGGGAGAGCUGGGCACGGUCUACCGCUACGAGCGCUCGGGCGUCCUGCACGGCCUGCUGCGCGUGCGGGGCUUCACCCAGGACGACGCCCACAUCUUCUGCCGCCCCGGCCAGGUGGCGGAUGAGAUUGGCCGGUGCGUGGACUUCAUGCAGUUCUUCCUGCGCUCAUUCGGGUUCCAGGACUUUCACGUCUACCUGUCCACCCGGAACGAAGGCGGAAAGUUCGCAGGCUCCCUGGAGGACUGGGAUAUGGCGACCGGGACGCUGCGAGACGUGAUACAGUCCCGCGGCCUGCCCUAUGACGUGGAUGAGGGAGGAGCCGUGUUCUACGGCCCAAAGAUAGACGUGAAGAUGGUGGAUGCCCUGGGACGCGAGUGGCAAUGCACUACCAUCCAGUUUGACUUCAACCUGCCGGAGCGCUUUGACGUGACCUAUAUCGGAGAGGACGGCAAUGAGCAUCGCCCCUACAUGGUGCACCGCGCCCUCCUGGGUUCCAUAGAGCGCUUCUUCGGCGUGCUCAUUGAGCACUACGCCGGAGCUUUCCCAACCUGGCUUGCCCCCGUGCAGGCGGUGGUCAUACCCAUUGCGGACCGUCACCUGGACUUCGCCCAAGCGGUAUCGGACAGGCUGCGUGAGAGCGAUAUUCGAGUGGACGUGGACGGCCGCUCUGAGCGUAUGAACGCAAAGAUACGCCACGCCCAGCUGAACAAGGUGCCAUUCAUGCUGGUGGUGGGCGACAAGGAGAUCGACUCCGACUCCGUGUCGGUGCGCCUCCGUGACGGCCAGGACCUUGGCCCCAAGCCGGUCAGCGAAGUGAUGGGUCUCAUCCAGGAGGCGGUGGACUCAAGGGUGUGA